AUGGCUGACCAGCCAGCAUCUACCCCAAGCCCUGGGGAGGGAGUUUCGAAACUGAUCUCGACAUACCCUCACCACUGGAGGGAAAUCAUCAACGGACCUUUGGAAGAGGAAUUCGUGCAGCUAGCCUUGAGCACACUCAGUGAGCUAGUUCAACCUGAUUUUGUGCCUACAGUGGAACACGUUCAACUCCUCUUAUAUCUCACUAUAACCCCAAAUGUUCACCCGAUUCCACCUGAAUUGCCUCUAGACAUAUUACAUCGAUUGGUGUCGUUGCAUCAUCCGAUGUCUUUCUCUCAAGGUAUUCCAAUCCACCCAUCAUCUUCUUCUGGUAAAAAUCGAGAGAAUGAACCGAUAUGGUUACAAUGGGAUUAUAAGCGAUCGGACUUGCAUAAAUCCAUCUGGAGAUGUAUGAAGGCAUGUAGGAAUGAAGGUGUAUGGGCAUUGCUGUGGGACAAAGCAGCCCAAGUUAAAGCUAAAACGGAAAGACCUGGUCGAUCUAUAGAUGACGAUGAGGAAGGAGACCGCAAAGCACAUAGGAACCUUACUACGGAAGGUUGGAAGCUGUUAGAGUGGUUGGUACAGCUCUGGGAGAAGGAUAGGUCUGAGCGUGAUCUCGGAGAAAAUCCCAUAGACUACUCCCCCUUAUUCCUCAAACAACUUCCUAGACCUUUCGAUCGUACAGGUCAAUUACCUCGGAACGAUGCUUCAAUUCCUAUCUCAAUACUUAAAGCUGCUUAUGCGACGCCAUCCAGCAAAGGUGAAGAAGGAGAAAGGCGUAGAUCCUUUGCAGUGAAUUUAUUAUCAUUGGUCAUUGAUACCGCCAUCGGUCCAAAAGCACCCUUUCAUCCUUCAUCGCUGUCAUCUUCUCUCGUCCACUCAUUACGCGCAUUUUCGACUGACGAUGUACUGGACGUCACGAAGAGACUCGCACGUUCAAGACACUGGAGAACAGCAUGCCACAUACUCACAUUACUUAUAGAGGAUCUGGGAGGCAUACGAACCAAGAAGACAGAACAGCGACGGGCUAAGCGUUCGUCCAGAGGGAUCGAUAUGGACUUUGAGAAAAAUAUCGAUUUAGAUAGACCCACUGCGAAAUAUCUUCUAGGUGAAAUCGUUCUUCUGACCCCUAGGGAUGCUCAUGAUGUAGUGAAGACGACGAUGUUCAAGGUUGCAUUGGUGAGUAUCACAAAGUCUCAUAACUACGAUGCCAUUGCGAUGGAAGAGGUCACGGCGAGGUACAAAGACGAUGUAUCAUGGUGGAAUAGAGUUGAGAAUACUUGGCGUAUUGAAGCGGUCGAAGAGAAAGAACGAUUAGUUUACAUUGGAUUACUUAAACGUUGUAUCGUAGAUAUGUUGUAA